UUCAAGGAUUUCACUGUACAUGCACGCUCUGUCUCUUUCUUGCUCUCUCUCUCUCUCACACACACAUACCUGCUUUCUCGCUCACUCUGACACAUCGCACUCUUUCUCAGUUGAACAGACUCUCACACAUACCUGCUUUCUCGCUCACUCUGACACAUCGCACUCUUUCUCAGUUGAACAGAAGCAACAGUGGUUUACCCCUUCAGAAAUAAAACACAAAGACAAACCUACUGACUCAUAAUAUGACCUAAUUAUGUUACAACAAAACGGCUUGACAUUGACAUCCACUUAAGCUCUGUCUCUGCAUAAAAACGCCGGCGCGCCGAUUGUAAUGUCACGCCAAUGGAUAGACGCACUUCUCUCUGUUAAAAUUUGCUCCAUGGGGUAUUCCAGCAGGCUGCAUCUUUGAACUAUUGAUAUUAUAGGUAUUCUGUAUUUAUUCAGGCCAUUAGUCUGGUUUUAUCAGUGAAGUUACUCUCAUCAAAUAAAAUAAACGCAUGAAGAGGAACAACUUUACGCACAGCACACCUGCUAACACAAUGAAGAUAAUUCUACUCAUGGUAUUUUCCCUCGUUUUGGCAACUGUCCUCAGCCAAAAAAUCUAUUUUGACGACAGUUGGAGAGAAGACAAUGAAACGAGCAAAUGGCCACAAUCUGAGCAAUACAAAGAAAUCCUGAAAAGAAUGACUCGAAAACCUGAGUCACGCAAAUUCUUUGGUCUUAUGGGGAAAAGAGGCUCCGCAAAAUCCCAGGUAACAAGAAGAAGGCAGAAAUUUGAGUCUUUUGUUGGACUGAUGGGUAAAAGGAGCUCAGAGGAACAAGGUUCCUUCUAAUGGAUCUUCAAAGCAGCUACAUACAACUUUGAAUCAAAAGAAUCAAGUGUGAACCAGGAUGCACUGAACAUGUGUUUGCAUGAUUGUUUCAGUCACGCGUGAUGUCCAAUAUUUUGAAAACAUUUUGCAUCAAAUUAAACAGUACUUGCAAAAAUUGCUUUAGACAAUUAAGGAAGAUGCAUAUUACUGUGGUGUGAAAUGUCAAAUCUUUUCAGGCAAAUAACCUGUUAGUGCUCUGAAAACAUUCAUAUUGUGCAUGUAAUGUGGCAGAAUACUUACAUCAAAAGUAAAACCACUAAACUGAGAACCGCUGUAUGAAGGUGGAGACAUGGUGGAGACAAAGCAGAUGAAUAAACUACAGAGCAAAAUAAGUAUCACAAUUAAACUGUUUAAAUUUCAGUAGGCCUACUGAACGUAGUAAUGCAGUAUCAACAUGCAUCUCUUAUCAGAAUUCAUUACAUUACAAGUCUAUUACAUGUUUAUUAAGUGACUUUGUACAAUACAAAUAAAAAAAAUACAGAUGAGUACAUAGCCAAAGCAAAAUAUGGUGUUGACUUUCCUUUCCCACAUAAUCUGAUGACACGUGGAGUUACAGAAAUAUUCCUUUCAUUUAUUUUUGCUCUUUGUAGGACUACUGAAUGUAUUUUGAACAGUCAAUCCUCUUCAGAAACUGGUCAAAGCUUCAGAAAAAUUCUCCAUACAAAAAAAAAACAAAAAACAUUACUUUAGCUGGCUCGGUAUAUAUAAAAAAUAAACUAACUGAAAUAUAA